AUGAGCCAGAAUACGGAUUCGUGGAUGUCUUCUGGAUUUUUCUCCGCGAGCGCAUCAUCUUCGCCAGCACCUGCUUCUUCUCCUUCGAACUCCGCUGCUUCCACCACCACCAUUCACAACGACCUCGACAACAGCCGGGAACAUGCUGCGAUGGUGAUGCAGACGGAGACGGAGUCUGCGGUGGAGAGGAGUCGUAAGCGGGCAAGGGUGAUGGGGAGGGAUAAGGUUGUGCAUCCCGAUGCGGGAGUUAAUGCUGGUGUGGAUGUAGAGGCUGCGCGGCCGCCGUAUUUAUACUCAAUGCUUGCGGGCGGCAUAGGCGGGACAAGCGGCGACAUGCUCAUGCACUCCCUCGACACGGUCAAGACACGACAACAAGGCGACCCGCACAUCCCGCCCAGAUACACGUCCAUGUCCUCGUCAUACGUGACCAUUCUGCGCCAGGAGGGGAUCCGGAGGGGAUUGUAUAGCGGUGUGGUACCGGCGUUGCUGGGGUCGUUUCCGGGGACGGUUAUAUUCUUUGGAGUGUAUGAAUGGAGUAAGAGGAAUAUGUUGGAUGCGGGGGUUAAUCCGUCGUUGUCGUAUCUUGCCAGCGGAUUCAUGGCCGACCUCGCCGCCUCCGUCGUCUACGUACCCUCCGAAGUCCUAAAAACGCGCCAACAGCUCCAGGGCCGCUACAACAACCCCUUCUUCCGCUCCGGGUAUAACUACCGAGGCACGAUCGACGCAUUCCGCACAAUCGUGCGCGACGAAGGAUUCGGGACGUUAUUUUCCGGCUACAAAGCGACAUUAUGUCGCGACCUGCCUUUCUCCGCGCUGCAGUUUGCGUUCUACGAACAGGAGCAGAAACUCGCGAAGCAGUGGGUUGGUAGUCGGGAGAUUGGGUUGCCGCUGGAGAUUUUGACGGCGACGACGGCCGGGGGGAUGGCGGGAAUUAUCACUUGUCCGCUUGAUGUUGUCAAGACGAGGACGCAGACGCAGCUGAGUCCGGACAGUUUGGGGGGGCCGUCGUCGUCGUCGUCGUCGUCGUCGUCGUCGUCGUCUGCUGCUGGUGCAGGCGCAAGUGCUGGAAAACAUACGACUGCGACGAAACUACCGGAGCCUGGCAGAUCGACGCUGCCACCACCACCAACCGCGACGGGGACGAAGAACGUCCAAUGCCGAUCCAUAUCGACAUCCUCCCCGUCGACCUAUACCUUGAAACCCGGCGCGCCGGUGCUGGACACCUCGUCUGUCUUUACCGGGCUGAAGUUGAUCUACCAGACGGAAGGUCUUGUGGGGUGGUUCCGCGGUGUUGGGCCGCGGUUCCUGUGGACGAGUGUGCAGAGCGGGACGAUGUUGGUGCUGUAUCAGUAUCUGCUGAGGAAGCUGGAUACCCAUCGGCAACAGCGGCGACAGGAGAAGGAGGAGGAGGAGCUGGGUGGUGGGGGGUUAAAGCUCUGA